AUGUCGGUGUUGGCUGGCGGGACGACUCGUUUGGCGUGUCAAGUCGGCGGUCAUCCUGGCUUGAUGAUCACCCAGGAUGGAUCACUCCUGAUUAAACCCGCCCUUCCCAAAGAGGUCGCGUUCUACCAAGCUAUUGCGUCGGAUCCAGGACUAAGUUUGCUUCGCCCUUUUGUGUCCGACUUCUAUGGGAUUCUCAGGUUAGAGGGACAGCUUGCCGCCGGUGGCGGGUCGAUUGUCCUUGAAAAUCUAUCUUACACGUUCUCAAAACCGAACAUCAUCGACAUCAAGCUUGGCACCGUGUUAUAUGACGAUGAUGCGUCACCAGCAAAGCGCGCACGGAUGGAGAAAGCUGCUAGAGACACUACAUCCGCCGAGACGGGUAUGCGGCUGACAGGAUGCCAGGUAUACAACUUGGCAACCAAUAAGCCAGUAAUGGUUGAUAGAGCGUAUGGAAAGUCUCUCAAACCUUCUGACCUCCUAGAUGGCAUUGUGCGGUUUUUUCCUUUGGCAUCGAAUACAGCUCCAUGCCUAUCCGCCUUUGCCGAUUUAUCCAGUGAUCAGGCUACCAACUCCGGGACUGGCCUACCAUCAGAAAUAUUGCAGGACAUGUUGUCACAGAUCAGAUUGGAGAUUGAGGAGAUAUACACUGCUGUUGCCGGUACGGAGAUGAGAAUGGUUGGAGGGAGUCUUCUUAUCCUCUACGAAGCUGAAUGGGAGCGUGCGAGCGAGGGGUUGCAAAUUUUAAAAGAACAGCAGGAGGAAAGCGACAGUUACAACAGAGACGAGGAGGACAACGGUGAUAACGAUGAGGACAACAACGAUGAGGACAACAACGAUGAGGACAACAACGAUGAGGACAACAACGAUGAGGACAGCGAUGGGGGCGGCGAUGAGAACAGCGAUGAGGAUAAUGACGAGGGCAAUGAGAAGCCCAUUGGUCCCCCAUUUGUCGUCAAGCUCAUCGACUUUGCGCACACACAAUUAGCACCCGGCCACGGUCCGGACGAAGGGGUUCUACUCGGUCUUAGGACAGUGUUACGAUUAUUAGACGAUCGGCUUCAGCAGGUAAAGGGAUUAUCCGGGCGUCAGUAG